CUUUGCCACCGUCAGUAUUGGGUGAUGCUGAGCUGUGGAGGUCAGGGUUAAGAAGACAUUGGGAUUGUGGGGGUUGUGACAGCUGUCAGGUCAUGAGUAGGGCUGACCCUUGACUCAGGACAGUGUGAUUAUGGACCCGACUCUCACACCAGCCACAGUCAUGAGCAGAGCUGUCAACUGCACAGACCAUCUACUAGCGCCGGGGAUCCCCUCCAUAACUUUUGCAUGGGGACUGUGGGUCCUCUUAGGGCUUGUGACAGUGAUGCUUCUCAUUUUGCUGACUGCAUUCUUGUCCCAGUGGACCUCUCGUAAGAGCAGGAGCCCGGAGGGUCAGGGACGCUCUGGAGGGUCCGUGGAAGAAAUCCCCCUGUAUGGGAACCUGCACUAUUUACAGACCGGACGGCUGUCCCAAGAGCCAAGGCCAGAACAGCAGGACCCAUCUCCUGGAGGCCCUGCCAGGGUGAGUCAGCUGGCCGAAGAAAAGGGGAGGGAAGGAAGUGGGGACCGCUCCCGAGGUUCCAGAGAACGUCCAACAGCCUCGCAUCUCCAGGCUACGGAGGAGGGGAUGUGCUACACGAGCCUGCAGCUGCGACCUGCUCAAGGCCGAAUCCCCAGCUCUGGGACCCCCAUCAAGUAUUGUGAGGUGGUGCUGGACUCUGAGCCAAAGCCCCAGACCCCAGACCCUGAGCCGGAACUCUAUGCCUCGGUGUGUGCCCAGACACGCAGAGCCCGGGCUUCCUUCCCAGAUGAGGCCUAUGCCAACAGCCAGCCAGCAUCCAGCUGAGGAGGACCUGGAACUGCGGGCAACCGUAGCUCAGCUACUGGGUCAGGGACUCCUGCUGCCCUGGCUAGUGUAUGCCUCGUUCCCGACUGCCCCCAGGACACUGAGCCACUGCUUAGUGACAGGUGAUAACCUACCCUGAACUUCCUACAUUAUAAGGCAUCCAUCUCAGAGUAUGAAGGUUCCUGGCUUCCUGACGAUGGAGUUGCGGAGGCAGACCCCACACACACCUUUUCUAUGUGUUCAUGCAAGCCCCCAAACUCCCUGCUUCACACUUUUUCCUCCUUCCGGAGUUUAACGGGGUUCUCCAUCUCCCCUUCUCAGCUCGUCAGAUACCCCGUAGUCUCCUCAGACACAGGAAGUGGGCAGGGAGGAGGAGGUAAGAGCCAGAGAGGAUGUGGGUGGGUAUCAUGCAUGGGAGCCCACAGCUGAAAGACUCCUGGGGUCUCAAGCUUGGUGUUUGGCCUGAAAACCCUGGACAGAGAAUGGGCUCCAUGUUGCUGUCUCUGGCGUCCCCUGGUUUUCAAAUAAAACGUCUCAAAAACGUU